UUGAAUUUACGUUGUGAUAAAAUUCCCACGUUUGCAUAUAAUUUAACACAAAUGUUUCUUCAAAUUGUUUUUCUAACUGAAUAAGAACCAUGAAGGUGAUUGUAACUUUCGCUUUGCUUUCCUUUUUCGCAUACUGCGUGGUGUCCGAAGAGGGGACGACUUGCAAAAAAACAUCAGAUUGCGAUGAAGGUGAAUGCUGUGUUCGCAUCCAUAGUUUGACUGCGUACAAGUGUAAAAAACUAAAACAACUAGAUGAUUCGUGUUUUCCAAAUCCCGAUUGGAAUUUGACAGAGGAUGGUUUGUACCGUUAUAUGUGUCCUUGCGCAGAGGGAUUGGAAUGCCAAGCAGAAGAAACAGUCACCGAAGGGGAUGUUACUACGUUCAAAAAUGUUAGAUGUGUGCAGAAAGAAUCUUGGUACUGAAUUCUCUUCCGAUAAAAGAUAAAAAUGUGAUUACAAUGCUCUGUAUUUGUCUUGUAAAGGAAAUAAAUAUGCUGCAUUUUA